AUGCCUCCGCGCCAUCAAACCCUGCCGCCCGCGGCCACCUCGUCCGCACGUGAAGCUUUGCAGUCGUUCUACUGCAGUCUUUGCUCCAAGGGCUACUCACGCAUGAACGACUACGAAGCCCAUCUCUCGAGCUACGAUCACAGUCACAAGCAGCGUCUGAAGGACAUGAAAGCCAUGGUCCGCGACCCCAACGCCGGCGCUCGCGCUCGCAAGGCCGAAGCCAAGGCGGAUGGCAUUAUUGCCAUCAAGACGCCGGCCAGCGGUGCUGCCCCCAAUGGCGGCGGUGGAGGCGGUGAAGGUGGCUUCAAGAAGGGCGGUUUCAAGAAGUCGGGCUUCAAGUCAGCAUUCGCGCCAGCGGCCGAGACACCUUCCGCCCCUGCUGCCGUGGAAGCCCCCAAGUGUGAUGUCGUGAGGCCACCUCUACCGUCAGUUGAGGACAAGGAAUCGGCUGAGGAGAGACCCGGCCUGCUGGAGAGCGAUACCGACGACGAAGAUUACGACCACUACGACCCGCGAUAUCCCACCGACUGA